CCAAACUCCCGGACCUUCCCUGCCCAUGAUCUUGUCUCCCGAACACCUGGGUCCAGGCCAGACGUCGUCAUAUCUUUGAGUUUGGUCAAUUAAUCAUCCCGCCGGCCUUUUGCUUCAUCCCUCUGUCGGUUUUGUUGCUCUCCGGAUCUGUCCUUUCCUCCCCGCUGAUUCUGCACGGCCUUCUGGCUGCCGCGUCCAACUCACGAUGGGCAAAUAUAACCUCACGGCCCUCCGGGUUCGCCAAAUCGCUGUGGCACAGCAAUCCGCCGGCAAACUUCGUCAAACACCCAAAUGGCUUGAUAUAAUGCACGAUGUCCCCCCCACUGAGGUCCUGGUGCGGAAUCGACCUCAACAACACCAAUUGGUUCGCCAGCGCCUGAAGACUGUUCCUGGCGCAUCGAGGCCGCAGGCCGUCUUCGAAGUCCAGGAGAAACGCAUCAAGCCGAAGAAGGCAAGCCGCAUGUUCCAGCCUGUCGAAAUCAAAUACGAGGAGGAUCAACUGCGCAAGGAAUUUUUCCGCGACCAUCCUUGGGAGCUUGCCCGACCCCGUGUGCUUGUCGAAAAGUCCGGCAAGGACUUUGAGAGAUAUAACUGGAGCCGGCUCCAGCAGCGGGGAAAGCACUUGGAUGGUGAGAGCGUUGUUCAGCGACAGCUUUGGCUCCUUAAUAAUGUCCCCGAUAUGACCAAGAGCGCCGCUUACGAUAUUGCACGCCGCGAGUUCUACCGUCUCCGUCUACAGGAAGACAUUGAACGACGUGUUGCUGCUGAGGAAGCCGAAGCUACUGGUGCUGUGUUUGGACCGACACGUCUACAGAUCGGUAUGGACCUCGAGAACAAGGAGUAUGAGCGUUGGAAGGAAUGGGCCAAGUUGCAGGCCCAGCUUUCGGACCAGAGAAUGGCUGCGUUCCUUGGGGCUCCGGAAGUCCAAGCUGCUGAGGAGCAAGAGACGAGCUUGGAUGAUGACGCCACGGAAAAGGUUGCGGUAGCAGCCUGAAGGCGGGAGUUGUUACUUUUUGAGGGUUUUAGUAUUGUCAACCCCGGAUGAGGCGGGUUUUGCCAGACUCUCUAAUGGCUUAUGUACACUACUGGACUGUCGAUAUGUUUUCUUUUCUUCUUGAGUCGCUCUGUUUUACUUUUAUGCUUUUCUCUAUAUCCUUUCUUGCUGUGAAUAAGAGUUUUGGGUCACGUAUAAAUUGUCCUUUUCAGCUGUGUUGGUCAGGUCAAGUGGACAAGGGGGGUGCACGCAUGGAUAGCAGGCAGUAGAGCUAACAUAUCGACU